CCCGCGUGCUUUUUCAAGUUGCUCGAAGCUGUUGCUGCUUUCUCUGUGGAGUGUGAGAGCUUUGAGGGAUAAGACAGCAAGAGAGGCAGGGCUACGGUUAGGGGGUGAAACAGAGGGGGCGCGGCUGUGGCGCACGGAUACUUAGAACAUUGUGAAGGAAAGCGCAAGUGCAAGUGAAGGCUUAAAAAAUGAAAAAGGGGAAGCGGGCUUAGUCAGCAAAUGAGUAGGGUUCUGGUAUUCGAAGAAGGUAGAAGAAGUUAGGGCUGCCCGCUCCCCGCUCGUUUGUGGUGCGUAACGGUAUCGGCUUAUUGUAGUCAGUGACAAGUGAAGAAUAAAGCUGCCCAGGAGAAGGGGCUUGCCAUUGAUUCCUGUGCGUGGAUCAUCGGCGGCGCCGUUUCUUGUUUGGGGUGCCAGGACUGGAAACUAGACAGGAGACUCAGCCGGGAGCCGCUGAGCCUGCCUUGUCAGUCUUGCGUGGCAGCACAUGUCCUUGGGUUUCGCGACUCCGUCGGUCUUGGCGCUUUUCUUGGGUAUCUCGGUGUGUUGCUUCUACAAGCACGCGGUGGCUGUCACAGGGGCCACCCGCCUCAGCGAGACUUCGCGCCAGUUUUCAGGGGCAAAGAGUAAAGGUUGGGCGCCAGGUGUUUCGAGUGAUGGUGUGGGGUGGGCGGGGCCUUCGAUCAAAAGCCCACGCAGUCCAGCUCGGGUUGCCGUCUGCUUCAGCGGCAGAUUCGGUCACAGUUUUCUGCGCAGGGAAGUCCUCGAGAGUUGGCGAGAGAACGUUUUGAAGCCACUAAAUGCCGACGUUUACGUUGCUACGAGCAAAGAGCACAGCGGCGGAAACAUGCGCGAACGAAGCCUGGACAUAGACCCACAGAAACUCCGAGGGUGGUUCGGUGACAGAUUGAAAGGCUACAUCAUACGUGAAGGUGGCGCGUCUUUACGAUAUAACUUGUCUGGUUUUGCCGCGAUUGCGCGACGGAGUGAGUCAUCUCAAAGAUACAGUGGGCGUGACGACUAUGGUGGCACAAUGAAGAUGCUUCCAUAUUUCAUGAAGAUCUGGGACUGCCGGCAGCUGGUCACGCAUCUUUCGGGCAUGAGCUCCGAUUAUGAAGUGAUCAUUCGAACGCGACCAGACCUCGAUGUUUUGUACCCCAUGGAAAUCCAUCGCCUUCAUAGUAGUACCGUAGAUGGCAGGAGCGGUGGGCUUUUUCUUUUGUCAGUCGGGCCUUCCAACGUCACAGUUGGUUCGAGGGAUAUCGUUGUCAACAGUUUCACUGUCGCGUGUGCCAGCGACUGGCUCGCCCUUGGGCGGACGUCUACUAUGUUGGAAGACAUGGCUUUGCUACCCAACCUCAUCCGGAAUUACUGGUAUCGAGCCUGCAGUGAGGUGAAGCAAGAACGGAGCCUCGUUCAGGCACAGCAAAAACACGCGCAAGUUGGUGGCGAAGGAUACUUCAAUACGUUUUGGCAGGUGUGCGGGAUCCGUGUGCGGAGGCUACCUCUUGGAGUGGAGCUCUCUCGCCGGAAGUGUCGUUCGAUGAGUUGUCAGCGCCAGAGCCCGUACACGCGUCUCCCGACUUUCCCCCACGCACGAAUCGGGCACGUGUUUGGGGAGAAGAAAAGUGCGCUGGACUGCGUCCGGUGUCCAAGAAUGGACUCCGCCUAUGAUUCGUGUAUUGAGUCACAAUAUUUUCGGAGCCUGGGGGUGUCGCGGAGGAGCCCUUGUUUCAGCGACAGAAUAGCGAGCGCGGAGCUUGCUUCUGCUGUUCGCAACGUGCAAGGGAACUACGUUUUUAGCAAAGCGCUGAGUGUGAGCGGCGUGGUGCCAGGGCUUUGACUUUUCGUCGCCGUGGUUUAGUGUGCCCAUUGAUAGCUUAUGCCCUGAGAGAUGUGAUCUACCAUGCCUUACGUUGGUUUUGGCCCAAUACCAAAGACCCGCGAAGCAAAGCCUACAGGCAUGCUCUUUGGCGAGUGAGUAAUGCAAAGACACUCUAUCGCGACCAGGGGGCUGCUACCCUGAAGCGAAACGGGUGGGCAUCGGCGCGUCAUUUGGGCCUAAAGUCAAGGAGCCUGGCCGAAUUCCAGCAACAAAAAGAACCAGCACAACAUGAAGGGAAAGGGCAGGGGCCGUGGCUUGUUUUCUUUUUGAGGGGUUUUCCGGUAUCUCUUACGAGGAGCGAAGAUGCGGC